UACCCGGUAACUUAUUAAAGAGCGCAACACCGGAGUUAAUAUCGCACUGCGAUUUUUAAAUGUCGAAUUCGAGUUUGCAUUUUAUAUUUAUGCUAUAAAUAAGCAGACACGGUAACUUACUCUUUCGUCAGUGUCCCUUGACCGAAAGGGGCGAGUCGCCUAGUUCAUUGAGAUUCGGCUCUGCGAAGCAAACAGCGUUACUCACUGGACCGGCAGCUGGCGUAGCAGCAGAGGCAGACAGAAAACAGAGUAGGUCCCCAUUCUGGGCCUUGCCUUGUCACACGGAAGCUGGGCGCCGACCCAGACUCAUGCUGGUAGCAGUGCGGACCCCACAAGCUUCCGCUGAUGAUGGAGACCGACCCAGAUGGGGCGGACGCGUCUGAGAAACAGGGAAUGCAGCAGCAUUUGUCUGCUAUGGAUGAUGGGAGGAGCCAAGUGAAGCAGGAGUCCAUCAGGAAGCCAGAGGAGGUGCUGGAAAACAGGCCUGGGGCUCCAGAGAAUCAGAAGCUGCCCCGGGAUGAAGGUCAAGGUCGAGCCCCGAAAAAGAGAAAUAAAAGAGCGAAAAAGAAAAAAAAAAAGGAACAGGAGGCUGAAGAUGAGAGUGUCAUCUCUUCUAAAAGGAUCUUGAAGGAAACGGAGACGCCUUCAACCAAGAGCGCUAAAAAGAAAAGAAUGGAUGGACAGCCCAGGAAUGACGGGAACGGGCGGCAGAAACCGGACACCCGAGGACUGAAAACCACAGGGAUGCAGACGGAGGAACAGCAGCAAGCAGGAUGGGUGACCAAGAAGGACCAGGAAACCCAGACCAGGACGGUGGAGCUGUGCACUCAGCAAACGCAAACGGACCCCACUAAUACCACUCAGCAAGACCAACUAUCAGACCAGUGCACCGCUGUGACAACCAGCCAAAGUCCAGCGUCAGACCAAGGGCAGAAAGACCCAGGCAACGCUCACAGCGACCAGCACAAACUAGCUGAGCAUCCAGAUCAAGGCUCAGGUAAUUCCCAAGACAACUCUCAGGUUCAUCAAGGGCUCCAAGCACAGUCAGCUUCAGACAAGGUGGGUGAAGGCAAGAAUCCUCAGCAGUCUACGAGGUCCAGGGAAAGAAGCUCAGACCGUGGGGGGAAGUCCAAGGAGCAGCCGGAGGAGAUGAAGAGACAACAAGAAGUUGAUACCAGAGGGAGUCGGGAACAUUCCCCUACAAGACCCACCGUGUUCACUUUUAACAUUUAUGCCGUUCUGGACAAGAAGUUUAAAUUCAACCAGAAUGCUGACAAGCUGCUUCUUCUGCAUGGUAAUGGAGAAGAGGUGCUCGAAAUCCUCCAUUUCAGUGAAAAGGGUCAGCAAGGCUACCUGACUGAAGCCCGUUUUUUGGUGGAAGAAAAGAACCUUCCAAGGGGUCAGCUUGUGCAAUAUGCGUAUUGUGUUAGGAAGCAAGGGAAGCAGAUUAUAGAAACCGGCCGAAGAUCUAUGAUAAUACCUUAUAACCCUCAAAUAAAAGAAUUACAUCUUUAUGAGGGUCACAUAACUCAUGAGGAAUGGGGACUCUUGGGAUUUAUACCUGGCUUAAAUUCCCUCAAAAAAGUGGCCGUCAAUAAAGAAAGGUGGUUCAGCUCUGCUCGAAUAUUGCUGGACUGCAUCUUUGAAAAAUGGCCCCCAAAACUCGAACAAGAGACCAUUGAACGGUUUGUCGGAACCUUAAAACAUUACCAGGAGGGUUACCAGCAGAUCCAUCGGAGGAUGAUUUACCCAGAUGACUCCGCACCCCCUUCAGUCCAGGUGUCAGAGAUGAUAGCUGAGCGCCUCCUCCAGGUCAUGAGGGAGGAAGCCAAAAGGCUGUCUCUUAGGAACUCAUCUGAGAAGAACCCCUUGGUGACCGGGUUGGCCGUGUGCCUGGUCUCCAACGCCUGCAGCUUGGACCUGGGUGUGAAGGGCUGGGCGGAACUAUGCACGAUGAUGACAUCAGACAUGUCACAGUGCAGCCAGCAUCUCACCGAAGCCAAGGCGGUCUUCAGAGAUGCAAACCACGCACUGGUUGCUCUGAUGAACCGCUGCAUGAAGAGCCGCGUAGCUGAGCUCCUGCUCCUCGUGCCGCUCCUGCACAUGAUCACUGGAUCACUGGAUCAGCUGGAUGCCAAGCGGCCCGAUCCCACAGCGGAGGAGCAGAGCUGGGCUGCCCUGCCGGGGGUAGCGUACGCUCAGUUCCGGGAGCAGGUCCUUCUCAACCCUGAUAAGAGGAGGAUUGUGCUUAAAAUAAUUAAAGAGCACAUAUCCUGGACUGAGAGCUGGCCCCUGCUUCAGACCAGCUGGCUUUCCCUGGUAGCUACCGAAGAUGUUGUGGAAUUUUCAGUGGCGACCAGGACCGCAGUAGAACACUUGAUCCAGACCCUGAUGUUCAGGCUGGCGGAGUACGACAGGAAUUCCUCCACUGAUACGCUGACAGGCGUCAAUCUGCAGGCUGCGGAGCACAUCAUCAGCCACAUACUCAAGGCGCUUAAAGAUGAUGCAGAAAGUAGGAUACUGGGCUGUGGAUACGCCAAACCCUUGUUUCAGUGCUGCAUCAGGAUCCUGCGCAGUGUCUGCCGGAUGGCCAGGCUGGUUCCCUUCUACACAACGGCAGUGAUGUCCUACCAGCUGCUGCUGACGCUGGCUGAAAUGCAGCACGCCCAGCUGGAUAAGGCCGGAGACGAGGAAGACAGGGAGCGAGCCUGCCUCCUCAACAGCCUCGAGGGCUCGCAGGCAGAGCUGUGCCAAUGGAGAGACGGACUCCUGUCCAAGCCGCCCGUCACUAACACCGGUGCUCUUUGCUACCCCAAAGAGCUGGAGCUUUGGGAUUCGUUGCUGAAGGUGCAGUGCUCAGUGCAGCAGAUCUCAGAGCGGUGGAGCAGCAUGCUGGAGAGGGACCUGAGAAGCAGGAUUUCCCAGGCCAGCCCUGAAGAUAGAGUCCUGUUCUGCUGCCUGAAUCAGUCCGGGGCCCACAGCACCAUCAUCGCUUGCCUUCAGGAGCUGUCUCAGUCGGCCAUCGAGAACAUUUGCCAGGAAGGAAAGGAGGGAGAUUUGAUGAUGACCCUCUCCACCCGUACCAAGGCCAUGCCUUCAUGGAUCCUCUCCAGGAUUCUUAUGCAGUCUAGAGAGCGGUUCAAGGGUGAUCUGGUGGAGCAGGUUCUGCAGCCUCAGUCAGCCCUGCAUCACUUCCUGUCUCAGAGUUGCUGGCAGCGUGUGAAGCUCAGUCAGGACGCCAGACAGGUGCUGCAGGAUGGGGGAUCAGUCCUGGCUACCUUAGUGGACGCCCUCCAUGGUGGACACAUUUCCUUCGGACACCUUCUGACUACCCUGAAACAUCAGAAGCAAUUUGAGAGAUUGUACCAGGAGUAUAAGAAGUCCAGCAACCGAAAAGUCCAAGGUGAUAUUAAGAAGCUUCUGUCCCAGCGAGAGGAAGACGUAAAUAUCUUUAACCAGCAUCGGGAAUAUAUGGAUACUCUCAUUAAAAUGAUUAAGAAGAUCGCAGAUGUCAUCACAGUUCCGGAGAUUUCCGCUCUUGAGCACCAACACAAAGCCAACCUUCUGCCUGUGAGCUUGAGCCAGCUGGUCAGGGUGCAGCCCUACGGCUCUGAUGGAGGGGGCUGUGAAACAGCCCAGCGACCUGUUCACUGGUACACCGUUGACCAGGAGGUGCUUGGCAUGGCAACGGAGAUGCAUGAGAUGAGGAAUAGCAACCUGCUGCUCAGCCUGUGGGUGAGAGGAGCAGAGGGUAUAGCCUCCCAGGCCCACGGAAGCUCCAUGGCUGCCAACAGCUUGACCCUGGCACAGGUUCAGGCGACAGUGUGGAGGCCGCAGCUAGCUGGCUAUCGGAAGUUGGCCCAGAAGGUGGCAUCGGGCACAGUCACCUUCGAUGAACUGGAGAGGGCUCUGCAGUGGGUGGGUGACCGAGGAGAAGGACGGGAGAUGAGGAAGGAGUUGGGUUUGAUGGCCAAAAUGCUGCAGAGACAACCUGGCGUCAGUGCUGACUGGACUGAGCCGCGGUCCUGUCAGAUCGAGCAGUAUCAGAGGCUCUGCCAAGCAGCUGAGUCAGCAAGCGCAGUCCUGGGGAUCGCUGAACAGCUGCAGCUCUCUGGAGACUUUACGCCAAUUCGCAGCCUCAUGCAGCUGAGAGAAGAGUCAUUCAGAGGAAAGGAAUUGGUGUCGCUGAGUGAUGACCUCAUCCAGGCUGAGAAGCAGCUGGUGACGUUGACCCAACAUCGCACCGCUUGCUUGCAGGAGUUUCUGAACCACCAGACCUUGAUUUGCUGGGUCAAAGAUAACCUUGAAAGGAUGAGUGACCUAAAGGUCUUUGUUGACCUGGCUUCUAUUUCGGCGGGGGAGAACGACAGUGAGAUCGACAGGGUGGCCUGUUUCCAUGAUGCAGUGACGGGAUACGGCUCCUUAAUUUACUCCCUGCCCAGUACUGCAGGCUUCAAGGAAUUCAUGGACUGUGUGCAGCCAGUGUGGGAAGCCUUGGAAAGAGACACGAAGCUCCCGCAAAAGCUGAGGGAUUCUGCUCACUGGCUGGACUGGCUGAAGGGGUUGAGAGAGACCCACGGGUCUGUGGAGCAGUCUUCUCUGUCUCUGGCCUCUGCCAUCAACACUGAAGGAGUGUAUCAUGUAGGCUGGCCUGAGAACCAGACAGGAAAGCGAACCAUGGAGAACCUCUUGACGGUGAUGGUGAAGAAGGGCAAUUCAGCCAGGAGCUACAGUGUGGUGGAGCUGCAGGAAUUACAGAACAAGCUCAUGCUAAUGUCCUCCAAAGGAGACUAUGGCAGGGAGCAGGUCAGCAGAUUCAUGGAGGUGUUUGAUGGAGUCCAGAGGCUGGGUACAGUUCUGCUCCAGCUGCACUCCUCAGGCAACAUGUUGUUUCAUCACUGGAAGGCCCUUGUCUUCUGCAGCCCGCAGAGCAGGGAGUGCAUUCGGGUCAGGUUCCCGCUGUCUGGGAAGGUCUUCGAGUACCAGGGGGAGGUGACUGAGCAGCUGCAGUACCUGUGUCGCUGUAUGGAAUUCUGCCACCGAGACUGGAGGGACCUCAUUGGAAAAACCCGAUCUAAGUACCCCUGUCUUAACUAUUAUACAGCUGAGCAAGUCGUGCAUCUGUCCCAUUGGAUCUUUGCCACCUGCCGCAAGUUCGCCAGACUUCCGCAGAUGACCUGGCAUCUUUUGCGUUCAGUAAAGACUGAUUGCACGUUGGAGGAUGUCCAGGCAGCCUUUGCUCUGACCACUGAGUCAAAAACACCACGUGCAGGAUCCCAGCAAACGUCUCUUAUUCCAACAGGAAGAUCCGAUCCUCAGCUGGUUAUUAAUUCUGGUUCUGAAGAACACAUAAACCGGGACCUGUCAGGUUCAAGUAACGAAGAGUUGGCCAUGGAGGAUGAUGCCAGUGACUUCAUGGUACUUGUUGAUGGAGACACUAAGCAGGAUGCAACACAAAGUAUGGAGAAGCUCUGGAGAUGUUUUAAAUCAGACAUGCCGAGAUACCUUGGCGAGAAUUUAGACAUCUUCACUCUGGCUCUGUUUCUCUCACGGCUCUCGGAGAUGAACCGAGAGCACAUCAGACGCGAGAUGCCAGCAGUCCUUCAGAGAGGGAGGCCUAACCUUGUCCUGUGCCCGAAAGCUGAUGUCCUGAGCACAGCCCUCAGUAUUUAUAUGCAUAGUGCUGAGGAGCCUCUGCCCUCAUGCGAUGAGGUGCUGCUUUGUCAGGAAGACACCACUGCAGAACAGGUGGAGCUCUUCCUCAGACGGGCUCUAGGAAGAUGCGCCCCAGAUGAUCAGGGCAAGAUCUUCACGCUGAUCAAUGCGGGGCUGCUGGCCUAUGAUGUUAGCGUGUCCCUGGGAGAGCAUUUCGAGCUGCUGGAGAGGGGAGCUGAACCUCACUAUCGCCUGGUGAUCGUCUGCGGAGUGAAUGAUCAGUGCAAAUAUGUACCCUCCUUCUUCAGUGGUUACAAAGUACAAGCAGGUUUUGGCAUCUCAAGCAACAAGGCCAGAGAUUACCUCCGACAGCACUUCUCCUCAGCAGCACGUCACUCGCACGUCUAUCCAGAAAAUAUAUCGGUGUGGCUGAUCUCAUCAACGCGCCCGUCUGUAGGGAAGUCGCUGUGUGUGGACAGGCUGUUUGGGAGUUUCCAGCGGGCAUUCCCGAAGGCCCGGCUGCUGCGGCUCAGGCUGCUGGAGCCCCGCGUUCAGCCCGACUCCUUCCUGAACACACUUCACACGUGGACGCGGCAGCUGAGCGAGCAGGACGUGGCGAUGCUGCACAUUGACGCCGCCGCCGUACGUUUUGGCUUGGAAGAGUUCCUGUUUCAACUAUUGGUUCUUGGCUGCGUGAGUGACAGUGAAGGGAACCUAUGGCGAAGGAGUACAGAUCAUCUCAUUACAGUCGAGCUGCUGCGGUCACACCCAACUCAACAGCUCCAAACCCGCAACGAGCAGGAUGUACAUGGACUUCUAGACAUUCUGCCUGCCAUUCACUGUCGAUCACCCAAGGAAGUGAAAGAAUUACAGCUGAAUAUUCAUCAGAAGAAAGCAAGGAAAACAUUAGACCCACUUAUGGAUGAACAGGAGUUUCGAAGUGAGGGCGUGCAGAGGCCUUACCAGUAUCUGAAGCGGUAUAAUAGAGGAGAGAACCUGGACCCAUUCAAAUACAUAGCAGACUCCGUAGAAGGGGACACCAUCGAUUGUCUCCAUCACCUGUUGGUGAAUUGUGGGAUGACUGACCCAUCGUGGGCCGAGCUGAAGAACUUCACAUGGUUUCUGAACCUGCAACUGAAAGACUGCGAGUAUUCCAUGUUUUGUGACCCUGACUUUCUGGCUGAUCAUCUCAAAGGCUUCAAAGGCUUCAUCAUUAAGUUCAUGAUUACCAUGGCCCGAGAUUUUGCCACGCCAUCCAUGAACUGCUCUGAUCAGAGCCCAUCUUUUCUCCCGGAAAACAUGAAUGAAGAUGACAUGUUGGCCCGCCUGACCAUCCGCAAAAGAUGGGAGACAGAACCCCAUCCAUACAUUUUCUUCAAUGCAGACCACAUCUCCAUGUCCUUUUUAGGCUUUCGUAUACAGAAGUGCCCUUUCGGGAGGACACUGAAUGCAGUGCAUCCACAAGAUAACAAAGUCAUAAUGGGGGAUGUGAUGACACCGCAUCUUCUAGAGGGGCUUCAGCGGCAAGGCAUCUCUUUCAAUGAGAACUUUGACAACCUUGCGAGAAAGGACAAGAUACAGAGAAUUUCAUUUGUGGUUGGUGCUGAGAAGGGGUGGACAGUACAGCAGUUUGAUCCGGACCCUACCUAUGAGCUAACCGCUGACAAUGUGAUGAAGAUGUUAGCCAUUCACAUGCGAUUCCGUUGUGGAAUUCCUGUCAUCAUAAUGGGCGAAACUGGCUGUGGGAAGACGCGACUAGUCCGCUUCCUCUGUGACCUUCAAAGGGAGGGAAAAAAUACCGAAAACAUGAAACUGAUCAAGGUACACGGAGGGACCACUGCAGAAACCAUCCAGCGGAAGGUGAGGGAGGCAGAAAGGCUGGCCGAGAGGAACCGAAGAGAGUUUGGCUUGGACACCGUUCUGUUCUUCGAUGAAGCUAACACAACAGAGUCCAUUUUUGCAAUAAAAGAGGUGUUGUGUGACAAGACUGUGCAAGGUCACCCUCUGAAGAUGGACAGUGGACUGAAGAUAAUCGCUGCCUGUAAUCCUUACCGGAGACACUCUGCAAAGAUGGUGGAAAGGUUGGAGCGUGCAGGGUUAGGCUACAGGGUGAAAGCUGAAGAGACAGAAGACAGAUUGGGAAAGGUUCCCCUCCGGCAGCUAGUUUACCGAGUUCAGCCGCUGCCUCCCAGCAUGAUUCCACUUGUAUGGGAUUUCGGUCAGCUGAGUGAUUCCACAGAGCUGUCUUACAUCCGGCAAAUUGUCCACCAGAAGGCUCGAAGUCACAAUUUGCCCACCCAGUGCCACAAUGUCAUUUCAGAAGUUUUGGCAGAAUCUCAAAAAUACAUGCGCAGCUGUAAAGAUGAGUGCAGUUUCGUUAGCCUUAGAGAUGUGGAGAGAUCUAUGAGAGUCUUGUUGUGGUUUUACACUCACUACGAUCAGAUGUUCCCAGAACUUGGCAGAGGGCUUGCUGAUAGGACUUUAAAGUGCUUAGCUUUAGCUGUGGGAGUCUGCUACUACCCAAUGCUGGUUUCCAAAAAGCCUUACAUAAGAGCAAUCAGUCGACAUUUUCCAGAGCCCCUCAACUCGCCAAGAUUAAUAGAGCAAGAGAUCCACAAGUGUCAAGAGCUUUUUCUGAGGAACGUGCAAACAAGAGAGACAAUAGCCAAAAAUAUAGCCCUCAAAGAGAAUGUCUUCCUCAUGGUGGUUUGCAUUGAGUUGAGGAUCCCACUGUUCCUGGUAGGAAAGCCAGGCAGCUCCAAAUCACUAGCUAAAACUGUGGUUGCUGAUGCUAUGCAGGGUCAGAACUCUCAGUGCAGGCUCUUCAGGGCACUUAAAGCAGUGCAUAUGGUCUCCUUCCAGUGUAGUCCUCACUCAAGUCCAGAAGGAAUCAUCAGCACUUUUCGGCAGUGUGCUCGUUUCCAACAAGACAAAAACCCGGAUAAGUAUGUGUCUGUGGUGGUUUUGGAUGAGAUUGGACUGGCUGAAGAUUCCCCGCAGAUGCCUCUGAAGACCCUCCACCCUUUGUUGGAGGAUGGCUGCAUCGACAAUGACACUCCAGACCCCCACAUGAAAGUAGGCUUCGUGGGGAUCUCGAACUGGGCAUUGGACCCAGCGAAAAUGAACAGGGGAAUUUUUGUCUCUCGUUGGGACCCAAGUGAGAAUGAACUGGUGGAAACAGCAAAAGGAAUAUGCUCUUCUGAUCAGUCAGUUCUCUUUAAAAUCCAGCACCUCUUCCCACAACUUGCAAAAGCCUUUCUGGAAAUAUGCAAGAUAACUGAUAAAAGCCAGUUCUUUGGUCUCAGGGAUUUUUACAGCCUUGUGAAGAUGAUUUUUGCUGUGGUCAAGGAAUUCCAGCAGGAACCCAGUGACUGUGAGUUAGCAGAAGCUAUCUUGCGCAACUUCAGUGGGCAACCAGAGGGCUUUGACCCAUUGCGUUAUUUCCAAGAGCUAUUCCAAAACCUCAGGGAAAUCCCUCGCCCAAGCACUCUGCAAAUGGUGGAAAGGAAUUUAGACUCUUGUAAGAAGGAAGAGAGUCGCUACCUUCUUCUCCUAACAACAAACAAUGCUGCCUUGCCCAUCCUACAACAACGUGUCUUUGCUAAGGCAGACUCUGCCCCUGAGAUCGUCUUUGGCUCGGGAUUUCCAAAGGACCAGGAGUAUGCCAGUAUUUGUCGCAAUGUGAACCGUGUAAAGACUUGCAUGGAGACGGGCCGUACUGUAAUACUACUAAACCUGCAGAACCUCUAUGAAAGCUUGUAUGAUGCUCUGAAUCAGUACUACGUCUAUCUUGGUGGCCAGCAGUAUGUUGACCUGGGCUUGGGCACACACAGAGUAAAGUGCCGGGUGCACAGGGAGUUCCGACUUGUGGUAGUGGAGGACCAGGACAAGGUUUACAAACAGUUUCCUGUGCCUCUCAUCAACAGGAUGGAGAAGCACCGGUUAGAUAGGAGUGCCGACCUCACUGAGCACCAGCGCAGGGUGUUAUCAAAGCUCCAAGAAUGGGUGGACAGGUUUACAUCUCUGUCAGAAGAAGAGGCUGCGUUUAAGGUGUCGGAUGCCUUUGCAGGUUUUCACGACGAUGCCUGCGCUACUGCCCUUCUGCAGGCCCUGGAAAGUAGGGGUGGUCGGAGAGGGGCUGAAGAUAGGCAGGUAGAAAUAAACGAGGAUACCAUGAAGAAAAUGGAAAUCAGUGAGCCAGCAGUUCAAGGGGCAGAGUCUGAUUCACGUAGCAUGGUCACUGAUGCAGAGAGCCGGGAGCUUGCAGGAAGAGAUGGUCCUGAUGUGGCUGAGGCUGAAGGACCUUUGUCGGCAGCAGGUGCAAGCUCUGAUAUCUCAAUGGAGUAUGCAGAUGAUGCCCUGGCUGAAGCGGAGCCAGCCGGCUUUGUUACAGCCAGAGGACCCGAAGGUCUUAUGAAGACAGAGGAAAACAAAGAAGAUCUGUCUGCAGAGAGGGAAGAAGAGCAGGUUUUUGAGGCUGCUAAGUGCAUCCUACUGAACUGUGCGACUCCAGAGGCGGUGCUCAGGCUUAAGUACUCCAAACUGGGGAGCUGGGAGGAGAAAUCGCUCAAGGAAAUGUACUUCAGAGAGCAGCGCCACGUGUCCCUGAGAGCCUUCCUCAAGAGCCAACUCAACAGCUCGGAGAAGUCCAGCAGGUUCACGGAGGUGACCACCUUCUCCAGUCUUCUGACGCGGUCGGACAUCCAGGCCAUCUCCUCCUGCAAGCUGCUUCUGCUCUCCCUGCACCAGUUUGACACCGAGGCCUCCUUUUCUUCAAAGAUACGGUGUUUCAUUCAAGAUGGAGCUCCCUCGACUCGUAUCUUGCUCAUUCAGACAGACAUGGAGGAAUCUACGUACAGCAAUGAGCUUAUAGCCUCUGCAAAGUACUGCACGAUGAAUGAACUGAGCUCCCUGGGGCCUGCUCAGUGCUGCUGUCAUGUGAUCUUCAUAACCAAGCUGUCCAGGAUGCCCUGCAAAUCCCUGUACACUGGAUUCCAAGGAGGUGUGUGGCUGUCGAUGCACAUCGAUGACCUCAGGGACACUGAGGACAUGAGCGCCGACCUUUCUGCCUUUUGUGGAACGCCAUUCAGCGAACUGCUUGCCCUGCCGGACUCUUCAGUUCUGCCCUCCAGUCCCCGUGUCCCACGGGUCUGUUCUUGGGAAGUGGAACCAGGUCUUUCACGUUGCUGUUCUCACUCCGCAGAGGAACCCAGAGACCGUGAGGGAGAUUCUAAUGGAAGCCAGGAGCAGGCUCCCCGCGCUCAGCUACAUGGACCUUCCCUGCUGAGGUCCUGCAUUCAGAGAGCGGUGUGCCUGCUGAAGGACCCCGGAUUGCAAGCUUCACGCAGCAUGAAGCGUGUGGAGAUACUGCUCAGUCUUCUGGACGACUCUGCAGCACAGCCAGGAGCGCGGUUCCUGGAGGUUCUGAUUAGGAAGCUGGCAGUGCUGCUUGCUCAGCAGGAAGAGAAGGUGCUUUCCCCGAGGGAGUGGGUGAGCAAGGAGGCCCGAAAGCGGCUCGCUCUGCAGGAGGGAGGCACACUCAGGCACACCCUGUGGCGCUGCCUGCAGAAUAUGCUAACCCCGGUCCUGGCUCUGGUGCUGGAGGUUCUGGACCGGGAUGCUAACCUGGACCUGCUGUACCAUCCAGAGGUUGAUGAGGGUCUGGUCUGCCUGUGGCUAGAUAUUCUGGAGGACCAGCAGACUCUGGAAUUGGUGACGCCCAAAAACUCAAGCCCGGUAGAUAAAGAGAUCCCUGUGCAGUGUCACGUCCUAUUGGCCGGUGAGCUGCGCCCCUGUGCUGCCCCCUUCAGCUGGCUGAUCAGAAUGCAGUGCCAGCGCUUGUGGGAGGAGUCUGAGUUUCUGCCAGUGACGCAGGCGGACGACAGGCAGAGGGUGCUGAGGUUUGCCAGCGCGUUUGCCGGCAGCAGACUGGGUGGCCACACGGCGAGGCUCUCCGGGCCGCAGGCCGUGCACUUUGGCCAGCGCUACCUGCAGGACUUCCUGCUGAUGCACUUCAGGAUCUCGUCAGAGGAGCACCUGAUGGUGCUCACACAGGCGUCACAGGCCUGCAUCGGGGAGCUGCAGCGCCACCUGGAGGUAAACCCCGAGCUCUCCCCCGCCUGGAUCCAGGCUGCCGUUCGGAUCUAUGCCCCCAGGCUGGACACGCUCUUGCAGUUGCUCCGUCUCCAGCCUUACCUAGUCCACACGUUGCUCCAGGAGAGGCCCAAAGAUCCCCCUGAGAUGUGCGAAGACAUUUUGGCACUGGGUGUGUGUGUGGAGGAGGUGCAGCAAGUGAAUAUGGAUGACCACAAAACCCUCCUGCACAGAGUGCAACUGCUACAGCCCUGUGUGGAGAGCGCCUUCGGACUGAACUUUAGCGCCCUCUGUAGUCCUGGCUGUCUUCAGCAACUGGAGAAUAUCAGGGGUGCCUGGCGGGGGGUUCUUGUAGUGGCAGCAUUCAUUCAGCAGGUGGUGCUGAGAGUCAACGAACACCGAUUUAAAAACCUGACGUUGAAAACCUGCAGGCACCUCCAUGUCCUAAUGCAGCAGUCGUCUGACUUGAGGGACAAAGGCACACUAACAAAAGUGAUCGGCAUCCUGACCUCCUGCUACGAGGAAACUGGCCAGCUGGACUUCAGGUACGGCACCAAAUGCCCAGUGUGCAUGGGGGAGCUGGAGGAGCCGGUUGCCCUGGCCUGCGGACACACCUUCUGCCUGAGCUGCCUCCAACAGAGCAUCCAGAACAAUCUGUCCUGUCCAAUGUGUCGUGCACUCGUGCCAGACAGCUUUCAGCUCACCGUGUCUCAAGGCCUCAGGUCAUCCCUGAAGCAGCACCGAGCCUUAAGGAAGCACUGCAAUGCCUUCUUCCUGGAGGUGGUGUCACGAUUCUGUCUCUAUGGAGGAGGCGACCCCCACAAAGGAGUGGUGGAGCUUCUCUUCUCCCUGUUGUUCAGUAAACAGGAUUCUGCGUACAGGACCAGAGAGCUGACGCCCUUCCUGGACAGCGUGGACCAGAAUCCAGUUGUUCGUUCCGUGCUUCCGAAGUUGCUACUGCAGUACAGUUUUCAGCAGGUGAAAGAUCACAUCCAGGGCUACCUACGCACACUGCAAGACCAUAUCCUUGAGCGAGAGGACCAGACGGAGCUCUACCUUCUCUUUGUCAACUGUUUCCAGGACUCGCUGUACAGCGGUGGUGGGAUGGCAGAGGAACAGCGCCACCUGCAGGAGGGCAUCCAGUUUCUGAGCCAGCUGGCCAGUGGACAUAUGCCCAACAUUCGGGACCAGCCAGCCGAGUUCCUGCUUGCCGUGGCCAGGCUACGGGCAUACCUGGGCACCGCUGCCCACCUGCUGCAGGCUGCAGAGGCCCCGUCUGAGCUGGGGGAGCGGUUUCUGGGCCGCGUAAGAGCCACAUUGGAGCACGGCGGUAACGACUGGCACCGUGUCUACCUGCUGAGGGCUGUCCACCGGCUGGCGGGUGUGGAUUGCGUGCAGGUCCUGAUGAACACGCCCAACCGCAGAUGGGUCUUCCCUUCUGAGGUGCUCCGACUGCAGAGACAGACCCCCGUGAAGGUGGACCGGUUUUUGUGCUGCGGGGAGCCCUACCGGGUCCUGAGGGACCAAGUGUGUCACACGCUCCUGGAGUUGGAGGCCAACACUCUCAGCACCCACCUGCAGCGCCUGGCCUGUCCCCGUGCCGUGACAGACGUGCUCCUGUCCCUGGUCUUCUUCCGCGAGGUGACUUGCCGCCUGGAAGAUACUGACCGCAGACUGCUGCCCACGGCAGAGGGUAUAAAGACUCUUUCGAACUUCCUGAAUAACCACAUGUCUGGGAAACACCAAGACCUGUGCACUGGCCUGUUGGACAACAAAGUGGGGGGCGUGGGCUCCCUACUGCGCGUCACACCAUCGAUGCCUGCUCAGAGGCGCGCCCUGCUGGAGGUCCUUGUUCAUGCCGCCGCUGUGUUCCUGACCGGUGGACUGCUGGUGGCCCCACUUUGCCAGAUCGCUUUUCAGCCCCGGACCAUGACGGGUGCAUAUUUGCCCACCAUGCCUGACGACCGCUCCAGUGAAGCUCGACAGUGGAUGACCGGAGGGGGCAAUCUAAGGACGUACACUUGCGCCAACGGACACGUGUGCUUCGUCGGAGAGUGUGGGAGGCCAGUGCAAGAAUCAUAUUGUCUUGAGUGUAAGGUCCGGAUCGGAGGCAUUCACCACAUAGCAGUGGCGGGAUUCACAGAGACUCACAGUGUUGCAGACCACACUCGGACCGGCCACAUCCUGGGCGACGCUCAUCAUAGGUCAGAAGCCCCAGAGAGACAGCUGUCCACUGCUGCAUUCUACAUCCUGCGCUUCUGCACGCACCUGGCAAUGAUGCUGGGCACUGUGCGGGACCAACAGGCUAUCAGCCAGAUGAUCCAGCCCCCGGUGAUAGAUGUCCAGCAUUUUCUAUGGAGGCAUCUGGAGAAGGACAUGAAGGUACUGGGCCAGUCCCUGGAUCAGAACAUGGACCAAACCAUGGUUGUGAUGCACCUGGUCCUCCAUGCCUUCCUGGAGUUUGCUGAAGUCUCCAGGCAGCAGGGGGCGGACCUGUCCUCACGACAGAGGCGUGAGAAGUGGGAAAAGCUGGCUUGUGACUCUGUCAUCGGCCCUGUAUUACAGGGAUUGGAUGAGAAACUGAAGCAGGCCCAGGCUCGGAUCAGUGCUGAUGACAGCCUGAGGGGAAGUCCCCUGAUGAUCCUGCUCUAUGCGGACCCCGCCCGCUUCCUCCCCUCCGGGUGCCCCACUGACCACUCCUCCUUCUGGAAUGUUCCUGAGAUGCUAACCGUGGAGCGUUUUUCCCAAAUCCUGGAUCAGAACAAAGGGCAGACCACAGUUCCACUGCUUUCACUCUUUAUCAAAAAGGUGCCGUGCAUAAGCCAGCUAUGUCACCUGCCUGCCCUGGCUGCCCUCCAAUUAGAUUUGCUGAGGUUGGUCACCAUGGUGACAGAGGCGGGGCCAUCUCAGAGUAUCGGACAGGUACUGCAGCAGAUCCCAAAAGGUCAUCAGUCGGAGGUGCUGCGGACAAGGGUGAAGAUCUUCAUUGACGUGUGGAACAAGCUGAGGAUGGAACUGUCCAGGAGCUCUGAAAUGGGGGUAGCGGAGCGCCUCUGUGGCACGGAGCUGACCAUGGACAGCCCGGGGGAGUUCCUGUCUCUGAGUCAAAGUGGGCCAGGAUCCUGCCUUACCCGGCUGCUCAGCUUCCUGUCUGAGACUCACAACAGCCUCGUGCGAAAGGCCAGGGAGAUGCACCAACAGCAGGACAGUGACUACAGUGUUCCACUAGAGGGAGUGUCAGAGGCACAGCUGGUCCUGUGCCACACUGAGCAGGAGCUACUCCCCCUGCUGCUGACACACUGCCAGUACACCCUGAGGAAAGGCAAGGAGACAGUGAGCAGCUACAAUCUGCCGGCGAUUGAGAGUGAACUCGCCCGGCGCUUCGUCACUGGAAAGCCUCUCAUCCAAGCGGAGACCUCGAAGUACGUGAGAAGACACCAGCUGGACUUCUCCACGCUGCUGGCAGAGGUCCGGAGUAAGAUCCCUCAGAAACCCCUGAAGAGCUCUGUGAGCGGCGCCGUGCGCGACGUGCUGCACUCCUUCUCGGACACGUGCGACGCCGUGCUGCUGGCGGAGGUCGCCCUGCGCUUCCUGGCAAAGAUGGGCGGGGAUCCCCAGGUCCAGCUGCUGGUCUACAUGCGGGACACGCUGAGGAUGGAGCAGCAGAUCCCCCGGGCCGUGGCUAAGGCCCUGGGAGAGAGCCGGCUGGAGCACUGUGUCUCUACCUGGCAGCUUCUCACCUGCUGGAAGUCUGAGCUGAUGGCCAUGAGGGGGCAGGACCCCUUUGAGAGGCUUCCCCCGGAGUACAAAAAGGAGCUGUCUGAGGCAGAGAGGAAGGAGGUGAAGGCUUUCCUCGCGCUCACCGACAUGGAUGCCUUCUGCAGGGAACUGCACGAGAUCCUGCUGUUAAAGACGGGCGCUGCCACUCGGGGGCAGAACUACGACAGCCACUGGGACAUUCGAUCCACCCUGGAGACCCAUCUGGAGGUGAAGCAGAGCUCAGCCUUGCCGGCCCUCGCUGACCUGUCAGAGGAGCUGACUUUGGCCAAAGCGCCUGAAAUCUGGAGGCUGGUGGUGGAAUUAAAAUGACCAUGGAACGCAAUAAGCUUUCUGAUCUUUGAUUGUAAGCAUUCCAAACAUUCCACCUAUGUGGAUGAUAAGAACAACUGUAGUAAUGGAAAUAAUAGACAUAUUAAGGAAUUUCUAAAAGAAAAGGUAAUUAAAUAGCAAUAAUAACUGGUCUAAAUUCAAAUAAAGAUUAAGAAAAUGAAUGAGAUAUCUUAAAGAUGUUUCACGUCAACAUGUCUGAUUGUGACAACUGAUUUCAACUUAUUUUUGGUUAAUAUUGGAGAGACGUAAGUGUCCUUCUGUAACUAAGCAAUAUUUCAUUAUUCAAAUAUUUCUCCGACUAGUAUCGUCAGGUACAUUCCUUUCACUGUACAAGCUAAGCGACAGUUCACAUUCCCCAAAGUAACCGCUCUUAAAUCUCCGAAAACCUAAGAAUGUGAAUUUCUCUUCUUAUUCGAGGAGCAUGGUGUGCGUAAAACAAUGGUCUUUAUUUUUGUAAUGCACUGUUUAAAAAUGAAAGUGUAUACAUUGGAAAACCAAAUUAAACUUUUCUUUGUUAAUCUUC